AGUACUGUAUCCCACAGCUUUGCAUUAGCAGCAUAGCGAUUUGCAAGUUAUUUGCAUGUUUUUAUUAAAAAACUAAUUACAAUGGAAGUCGGAGAGUUCGCACCACGUCCAAAAAGUUGUAACCGGGAUUAUUGUACAGUGAAAGGUUGUGAGAGCAAUGCAGCAAAAAAUUCAAGUCUUAGUUUUCAUCGCUUCCCGAGGCCAAACGGACGCUUCGUAAGCAGACAGAAUAUUUUCAACAACUCCGAAAAAAUUAAUUUGUUCCAAGCCUGGAAAAUCAUUUUGAAAAUUACAAACAUAACUGAGAGGACAACAGUAUGUUCAAGGCAUUUUCUAAAAAGUGAUUACUUUUUCCCAGAUGCUCACUCAUGCAGAAGACGCUUGAAAAAGGACGCAGUCCCUUCUUGUUAUUUACCUGGUGAUAACAGAAAGAAAGUGAAUGAAAUAAGAGAUAAAGCUAGAUGGCAAAGACGAAUUUAACGGAGCAAUAUGAAUAAAAAUGUAACUACCUCAAUCAAGAAAUCAGCAAAAGCAAGUGUCAAAACAGCAGUGGAACAAAUAAUUAGUGUAGGCGAGGAGCAACAUAACAGCAACGAGCAAGAGAAUCAGAAUCAUGAAAAUAAUGCUGAACUAAACGGAAGCAUUGAGAAUCCAGAAGAGCAAGUUGUUUGCGAAGUGCGAGAAA